UUACUUUUUAAAUACUUUUUAAAUCUCAUUAAUGGAGCUUUCUUGGUUCUUGGACUUUUAUUCAUGGGAUUUGGUGCAUGGCUUUUAUUAGAUAGAAAUAAUAUUUUAACAGCUUUGGGUGAAAACAAUCACUUCGUAGUAUAUAUUUCUCAACUUUUGAUUGGAAUGGGAUCUGCUACUGUUCUUCUUUGUGUAUUGGGUUAUUUGGGAAUUCACAACGAAAUCAGAUGGCUCCUGGUUCUGUAUGCAGUACUGUUAACGUGGGCCUUUGGUGUUCAGGUUGUAUUUUCAAUAUUCAUCUUCACAAAGAAAGAGGAGGUUCACCAACUGUGGCAUGAUAAAAUUGAUUUGGUCAUUUCUGAGUAUGGAUAUAGAGAUAAGCCUGAAAACAUACCCGAGUGGACUAUUCUGGAUACUUUACAGAAAACAUUACAGUGUUGUGGCCAACACAAUUACACAGAUUGGAUAAAGAAUAAGAAUAAAGAAAACUCUGAACAGGUGCCAUGUUCUUGCACAAAUUCUACAUUAAGAAAAUGGUUUUGUGAUGAGCCACUGAAUGCAACUUAUCUAGAGGGUUGUGGAAAUAAAAUCAGCAAAUGGUAUGAUGUUAAUGCUUUAACAUUAAUUGGAACUAACUUUGGACUUUUGGCUUUAGAGGUUUUGCAAGUCUCAUUAGCUGUUACUUUCUUGAGACAUAUCAAGAAUAGAAUACAUGCAGAAAUGUAA